UUCGAAGUUGGUGUGCAACGAAGAAGUAUGCGAAUGUGAGGUGAAAAGACAUUAGGCAUUUUAAAAAUAACUACGCAGUGUGUCGGAGUGGAUGUCACGUCGUCUAGUUCGUACAUCUUCGUAGUGUAAAUUUUAAAGAAAAACGGGAAAAUUUGUUAACAAAUAGAUCAAUUUAAUCUUUAACGAAAUGCUCAAUCGCGUGUGCGUAAACAUGGUUUGGCAAAUUUAUUGCUGAGCAAAGGUCGGAAUUCGUGUUCGGUGAAAUCGUAUUUGGUGCAUAGAUAAUGCAAGUGAGUGUAAGAAAAUAAACGAAGGCUUGGGUGGUGAAUUCGUUUACAAACGGCUGCCAUCUGACAAAAGCGACAAAGCGAAAAAUAGGCGCGUGUAGCUUGUAAUUAAAGUUAUCGAGAUAAUUAAAAUAGAUGUACUUUUCGUGAAAAUGAAUAUUUAUAUUUUAUAACCUUUAGUUUUGUGAGAAAUCGGUGCACCGGACUUAAAGUUAAAUCGUAAGAAGCGCCAAGAAAAGCAAGUAUCUUUGGUAAAUUCUAAAUAUUGAUACUGCGAGUAUGAAUGUAUGGAUUAACUUCUCAAAUAAUUAAAGAUUUCUGGAAGUUUUGAAAAAAUGGGAACAACUCCAAAAGUGCUAACAACAACAAAUACUUUUAUAAAAUCAGUCGCAACUAAUGCAGUAUUUGCCUCGCAAAAAUACGCGUCAAGUUGACCGCAACUAUUAAAAACAUUUCAACGCGCUAGCGUAAUACCCUUCCCACCGUAUUUUCUUCUUUUGAAUUGUACCAAAAAAUCUUUUUCAUCGAAAACUAAAACAUGAUUCCCUUUAUUUUCCCAACAUUUAUAAGCUCGUUGUGAAGUAAAUCAAUCGUGGAAGAUUUUAUGUAUGUACAUAUUUUUAGUGCGACUAGCUUGCCAUUCGGAAAAUAACCAUCGAUUGUCAAAAAGUUGAACACGAUUAAAUGUCACAAUUGAAAAAAUUAAAUUCAUAAAAACUUUUAACCAUAAAUUCACAAUAAUUUAUACAAAACUUAAAAACUGAAAAUCUUUCCAAUAUACAAGUAAACAAACACAUUACAACCGCAUAUUUUACAAGGUGUUUGGCGCAAUGAGUCGUUAUUAUACCAACAAUACGGGCGGUAGCAGUACCAAAGCCCUGAAUUUAACCGCCAGUGCCACUGUUAAAAAGAUGGGCACACGACGACAAGCUGAGCACGAAAGCGGUUUCUAUGAACAGAGUACGGAUGAUACACAUUUCACUGGUGGUGGUGGUGGUGGUGGCAAGCGUACUCGUCAAUCUUCUGCCGAGCAGCACAUGAAUGGUGGACGAAGCAAGCGUCAGAAAGUAAACAUGGGUACUGCGAAUUCCACAACGCUGCCAGUUGGCGCUCAUAUGACUGUACAUAGCCAAAGCAAGUAUACAAGACAGGGUGCAAUUACAACUAAUAACAAACAAGAUCAACGCAACCAAUACUACAUCAAUAACAAUAACAAUGGGAGCAAACGUUAUGCACAACCUCAAAUGCCUCAACAACAACAACAUCAAUCGCAACAUCAACAAGUCAGUAGCUCGACGUCAAAUAAAAAAACAACAGCUAGUAACAACAAUAACAAUAAUAUUAAUAAUAAUAAAAAUAAUUACUAUGUGCAACUUACUGCAAAGAUGAAUGCAUUACCAGUGGCCGAGACUAUCGAAGUGCCCGACAGCAGUGAUAGCGAUAACGAUGACAAGGCUAAUAGAAAAGCUAAUGGCGGGGGCGCCAGUAGUGGAAUGCCAACACUUAUUGUUAGUGGCAGUAGUAGCAGUAACAGUAAUAGUCAAUUGGCUGCCUCCCAUUCACAACAACAGCACCCUCAGAACAAAUAUAAAUAUGAACAACAACAUCACCAACAGCAACAGCAGCAAAUGAGCGUCAAUGGUGCAAGUAGCAGUGGUCAGGUGUCAAGUAAAAAUAGGGAAAGCAAUCGCAAAGCCGAACUCGCCAACGGUAACAACAAUGCGGAAUUAGAACGUAUGCAACGUGAAAUUGAAGAAGUUACACAAGUCCACACCAAAUGCACAGCAACGGAAGAGGAAAAAGUGAAUUUGUCACAUUUCAAGCUGAUACGUGUACUUGGAACUGGGGCUUACGGUAAAGUGUUUCUCGUGCGUAAGAUUGGUGGCGAUGAUGAUAUGACAUUGUAUGCCAUGAAGGUGUUAAAGAAGGAUACAGUGGUGCAGAAAAAGAAGACAGCCGAACAUACCACAACCGAACGACAAGUUCUCGAGGCUAUACAACAAAGUCCAUUCCUAGUUGGCAUGCAUUAUGCAUUCCAAACGGAUUCGAAAUUGUAUUUAAUUUUGGAUUACGUAAGUGGCGGCGAACUCUUUACUCAUCUCUAUACGGCCGAGCAUUUUUCGGUGGCAACCGUACGCAUUUACAUUGCCGAAGUGGUGCUCGCUUUGGAGCAUCUGCACAAAUUGGGUAUCAUAUACCGCGAUAUAAAACUCGAAAAUAUUUUACUAGAUGGACAGGGACACAUAGUGUUGGCCGAUUUUGGUUUAUCAAAGAUAUUCGAACCCGAUUCGGAUCAUCGUGCGCACAGCUUCUGUGGCACAUUAGAAUACAUGGCACCAGAAAUCAUACGCGCUGGUGCUACUGGACAUGAUCUCGCUGCCGAUUGGUGGUCUGUGGGCGUGCUCACAUAUGAAUUGCUCACUGGCGCCUCGCCUUUUACCGUUGUCGAACAACAAAACUCUCAAGUCGACAUUUCACGUCGCAUACAAAAAGUCGACCCAGUGCUGCCAGCCACAUUGAAUGAUACAGUCAAAGACUUUAUACUGAAAAUGCUACAUAAAGAUCCCAAGAAGCGUUUAGGCGGUAACAGUAAAAAUGCUGCCGAAAUCAAAAAGCAUCCCUUCUUCAAAGGUAUCGACUGGGAUGAGUUGAAGAGUAAAAGACGAAAAGCGCCCUUCAAGCCCAAUCUAGAUAGCGAAGAUGACACACAAAAUUUCAGCGAGGAAUUUACCAAACAACCAGUGAUUGAUUCCCCAGCUCCGGUUCCUGUUAAUACGCAUAGAUUGUUCCGUGGCUACUCAUAUGUGGCGCCGCAACACUUGAAAUCGCGCAAAGCGCUGCAAAACGUCUAUGACGUUGAGUAUUGCAAAGAUCCGUUGAUGAAUCCAACAAAUAGUCCGCCCACGCUUCAAUUAGGUGGCGUAUUGAGCAAUGGCAGUUUCGGCAGCUGCUACACACUAACUGACACCGAAAAGCAUUGUAAUUACGUGGCUAAAGUGGUGUCUGAAAAAUUAUAUCGCCCUGCCGAAGUAGAUGCCUUGAGAUCGUGUAAUCAUCGGAAUAUCUGUAAAUAUAUUGAUACAUACCGUAAUGGCUCGAGCAUUUGGAUUGUGAUGGAACAUGUGGCUGGCGGUGAAUUGCAACAGUUGGUACAUGCGUCUGGCGGUCUCUCUGAGUCACAAUGCUGUGAUAUUUUCCUACAAAUUUGUGAUGCUGUGCAAUAUUUGCACUCAAAGAAUUUCAUACAUGGCGAUAUAAAACCGGAAAAUAUAUUAUUUACCGAUACGCAAAUGAGACGUAUCAAAUUAGUCGAUUUCGGCUCUGCCAGCUAUAACUCCAAGGCCGAUACUUGGCAAGAUGUGCCCCGUUAUACACUCGAUUAUGCACCGCCAGAAAGUCUUGCGGAUCCACAAUGCACAACGUACUCCAAAGCCUAUGACGUGUGGUGUCUCGGCGCAACACUCUACGCCAUGUAUAUGGGUCAUCCUCCGUUCAGGCGCAGUCAGAAUGAGCAAAUUCAUGACCGUGUCGUCAGGCAGCGUAUAAUGGAUGGUGAAAUGCAAACUAAAUCGCCGCGUUGGAAGAAUGCCAAACUUGCAAUGAGGCAACUAAUUGUAGACUUCUGUUUGCAACAAGAAUCCGUGAAGCGUGCGUCCAUUGAAGGAUUGCUGGGUCAUCAGUUCUUGUUUGCGAAAUUCGAUGAACUGCAAAAGGUGCUGUGCCGUUUGAACCGCCAACGAUCAGACGAAGUUGAACACUCUGCUGAUGAGGAGGAUGAUGCGGAGGAAGUGGUUGCCACAGAAAGGCACACAGCAGAGAAUGUGUCGGUAGCCGAGCUGACGGGAGAAUGCGCUGUCGUGACGAAUGUAGAUGAACUCGUAGGCUAUGAUAUGAGCGUAGAUGGUGCUGAUGCAAAUGUUGUGUAUGAAGAUAUGGAGGGUGUUAUUGCUGAACGAAAUGAGAUGGUUGAGACGGAGGAGGAAGUAGCAGGCGAAAUAGAAGAACAGCAACCAGCGGUGCUGGAAGCCGAUGAACUAGACAAUUAUAAUGAAUGGCAGCAACAGCAGGCAAAACAACAAGCCAGCUCAUCGCAUGAAUCCGAUACACAAUCGACACACAACCGUCUCGAGUCUGAAGGCGACACAACCAGCGGCCUAGGACGCAGUAAAUCCUCUGAUCACACACUGAUCGAACGCCAGACAUUAAGUGUAAAUAGUUUGAAUGGACUAGAAGCAAGUGGAGAACCAAUUGAGUGCGGUGAACUCAUUGAACUUGAGUGUGUUACUAGCGAAAAGACUGUAAGCGCCGACGAGCUGAACGAUAGCAUGCUAGAGGAUGAAGUGGAAGUGAAUGGAUUUGCUGGUUUCGACGAAGACGAAAUUAUCGAACGUAAAAUGAACUAUAUUGAUAUACUAUUAGCACAGAUUGAGCAGAAUAAAAUUGCUACUGUUGAUAUUGACGAUAAUCAACCAAUAGAAAAUGUGGCAGCACCAAUGAAGACUGAACCAGUCGUUGAAAAGACAAAUGGAGAUAUAAGUGCAAUUAAGAAAAACGCUGGUACUAAAGCUAAGAAAGCGUUUAGUGAACUGAAAACUAAUUAUAUGGCUAACGAAACCAAUAAGACGAAUAAUAAUGGAAUGGCCAAAACGUUGGAGACAAAUGAACAAACACAAGAUCUACGUACGAAUAAUACAAUAAAGCAACGAAAUGUAAAACAAUUGCGUACCCGUAAGCAAUUGGCAAGUAAGAAAACUAAGACUGGCGCUAGGAGUAAAGAAGCAGCAGUGGACACAGUAAAACAGGAAAGUGAGUUAGAUUUAAUGCCAAACACCGACGUAGCAGAAGAGAAUAUGCGUACUGAAAAAGACAGCAUAAGCAGCAACCCUGAUUUAACAUUAGCAGCCGAAUCGAAAACCAUACGAUCACGCCGCAACCGACGCAGUAUACGCAUGCCCACAUACGAUGAUGAAAACAACUGGCUCGGUGUAUCAACGCAAAUGCGUGCGAAAUAUGCACAACGCUUCAAAGCACGUUAUCGCUUUUUCACGCUCUUGCUAUUUAGCACACAAAACGCAUUACGCUAUUUCAAAAUCGAACGUCGCUACUAUGAAUAUCAAACACCACAAUCGAGUGAAGCUCAGGAACAGGAAGAGGACACGGCAAACGCUAAUAAUACACAAACACAUGACAUAAAAAGGGAAAAUAAUGAAGGCGUACAAAGUGAUAGGCGUGCCAAUAUCAGUGCGGACACUAAAGAAAUGCUUCCAAAGCAACAAAAUGGCGAAAUCAUUACACCCAUAUCAAAAGCAACCUUCAAAGCCAUGACUAACACGGAAAGACAGGCGCGACACAAGCACAGCCAAAGUGGGAGUCUGAAUGCCAAGCAUGAAAGUAACAUUAAGGAUAUUGUACCGUCGACAGCGGUGCAUUUAGUACCGGCUGGCACGCUACGUACGUUGCGUCAACGUCACGUAUAUAAAUGAUUGGCGCAUCUUACGCGCAUUAUGGUGGAACUAGAAUUCAUAGUGGGCUAUAGAUGUGGUCAAAAUUACUACAUAUUUACUUUUCACAUCUUUAUAAGUUAUUUUUGUAAAUUCAGUUAUGUUUUCAUUUAAAAGCCAGCGGGAAUAAUAGGCUAUUGCAGUUUUGCGUGUAACGAAGAAGAGUACAUAUUAAAUGUGUUAAAAACUGUUUUUUUUUUUUAUAAAAGCUCUAUAAACUUUAGUAUUAUGCAAAUGUCAUUUAAAAUGGUUAUACGCAUUUUGGUUUAUAUUUUUUUUAACCAGCGGCAUUUGAUUCUCUUUUGAUUCUGUAUAGUGUGAAUUUGAAAUAAUUAACAAAUUAUCUUCAAUUUGAAACAAGUUAUGAAAAUUUAUUUACAGUUAGUUAAUUCGUUAUAUUGCCGAGAAUUUAAUUGUUAAUUAGUUAUGCGUUCACUACAUUGAGUGCAGGGUUGUGAGUUUUUCAAUUCAAAAAUAUAUUUUUGGAUUAAAAAUUACAAUUUUUGUUUUAAUCCCAAAAUCGGAAUCAAAAAUUUAAAUUUUAAUCUAUGAUUGUAAAUUCAAAAUUUAAUUUUUUAAUUUAAUAGUGAAAAUUGAAAAUUUAGUUUUUUAUUCAUUUUGGUAUUUGAGGUUAAAAAUUAAUUUUUAAUCCGGUACUUUUACGAUUCAAGCUACCGUAUUUGGGAUUAAAAGUUUUUUUUUUAAUUUUCAAUCCGGUAUUUGGGAUUAAUUUUUGUAAUCCGUUAUUAGUGAUUAAAAAUUGAAAACUUAUUUUUAAUAAAUAUUUUCAAUGUAACGAAAAAUAAUUUAUUCAAUUUUUUUUAAAUUCAAUAUUUGCAACCCUGAUUGAGUCACACCUUAAAGUUCGUCAAUUUAAGCCGAUUUGGUUGGAGAAGUUGUUGCAUCACUUCAAUUGUAGAUUAGUUCAACUGGGUGUAGUGUUUGGAAGUAAAAAUUCAGGUAUAAAUAUAAAACCACAAAAGCAAACUACACAAAUCUUAAUUAUAAAUUCGACUAUUUGAUUGUUUUACCUUUUUUUCAAUUUUUUUACUUGAAUAUCAUUGAACCAGUUUUUUCUCCGCAAUGCAUUUAAGUACUAUUCUUAUUACACGCCUAGUGUUUACUUUUUAUGUAUGUAUAAACUAACUGUCAUAAUAUUUUACUGCAAGUACUAAAACGGUAAUUAGUAUUUAAUAUAAUGAAUACAGCGUUGAAAGCUUAUUGUACCUAUAGUUCAAUUUAAACGAUAUUUAAAGAUGUGAGCAAUAAAUAUAAUAAUAAAAUAAUUAUAAAAAUACCGAAAAAACGUGAAAAAACAAAAGUUAUGAUAAUGACUGCUAUUAAAUAAAUAAGGAACAAAUGCAUAAUUUUUUUAGUAAUAGUUAAUUGAGAUGAAUGAGUUUAUAGAAAUUUUUAUCUCAAUGAAAUAUUUGCACGAGACCAAAAAACAAAAGCGAAAACAGAAUGAAGUUAUAAAUAUGCAUAUAAAAAGAAAAAAAACUAAACAGCUGAAGUGGAAAAUUCGCCAAAUAAUAUGAAUGGCGCCAGCAUAGCCAACAAAAAAAGCAACAAAAAUCUAUUUGUUUACUAUAAUUUCCAUUAAUGUUUAAAACACAAGCAAGUGUAUACAAUUUGCUCCUAAUUUUAGUAAUAUACGCGGUAUAUAUACAUACAUGAAACAUAAAACAAAAAAUUAAAAACAUAACAUUUUAGCAAAACCAAACAGUUUUACGUGUCUACCACACAAAAAACACUAAACAAAGCAAACGGAAUAGACACACAUAAUUAUAUGCGUAAUAUUAGUUUGUAUAUCCAAAAAAAGAAUGAAUAUUCAUUAUUACAUAACUAAAUUAAUAAUAAAAGAGAAAAUUGAAUAUAUUUAGCAAACGAUUGUAACGUUAUUUAAAUUAUGGCCACCAAACAGAUACGUAUGUACUAAGUCUAAGUGAAGUGUACUUUUCGAGUUGUCUUAAAUCAAAAAAUGUAAUGGAGUUAAUUUAAAUAAAAAUUGUAAAUAUGAUUAUUCUAGUGCGUAUUGAAGCGUAAAAGCAACACUUACAUAUGAAAUUUAAAAUAAUCAUGUUUUUAUAAGAAAGCUAAAGAGUGAACAAACGUAAAGAUAUGUUUAUGUUUCACGCCACAGAAAAUGCUGCGAAUUUAUAAUGCUUGCUCAGAUUGUUGUAUACAAUGAGUAUAAAUUAAUACACUUUUAGAAAUAAACGUACUUUUUUAUGUACUA